AUGGGCUUCGGCUCCGCGUCGCCGGCCGAGGCCGCGGCGCGCCUCGCGGCCUUGCAGGUCGCCGCCGCCGCCGAGGACCUCGCCGCCGCCGACGCCGACGCCGCGGCCCUCUUCGGCGCCGGCGACCUCGACGCCGGCGACGCGACGCUCGUCACCGAGCCGCUCGUGCAGAACGCGGCGAAGAAGCCGGCCGCGAGGACGGGCCUGAAGGCGCCCGAGUCCGUCGUGUGCUACCUCGGCCCUACCAACAGCGGCAAGACGUGGCGCGCGCUCGACUUCCUCGCGAGCCGCGGCGACGGCUGCUACGCGGGCCCGCUCCGCGCGCUCGCCUGGGAGGUGCGCGAGUCCAUGGUGGAGCGAGUAGCCGAAAAAUGGGGCAAGAUCGCGCCGGGGGUCGGGCUCUGGACGGGCGAGGAAUCGGAGGACGCGGACGCGUCCGUGCUGUGCUGCACGGCGGAGGUCGCGCCGGCGGACGGCGACGUGCUCGUAUUGGACGAGGUCCACUGGUGCGUCGACGGCUGGCGGGGCCACGCCUGGACGCGCCUGCUCAUGGCGGCGAAGUCGGGGCGGUACCGGCACGUGCGGGUCUGCGGCCCCGUCGAGGCCCUGCCGCUCCUGGAGCGCGUCUUCGAGGCGAACGUCGCCGACGGCACCUUCGAGGUCGACCGCACGGCGCGGCGGUCGCGGCUGACCUUCGAGGGCGACGUCGGCGACCUCACGUCGUUCCUCCGCGCGCGAGUCGCGGAGAAGCGCUUCGUCGCCGUCGUCGCCUUCAGCCGGUCGUCCGUCCUGGCGCUGGCGGCUGCGGCGCAGGCCGCGGGCGCGCGCGCGUCGGUCAUCUUCGGCAAGCUGCCGCCGGAGGCGCGGCGGUCCCAGCUCGAGGCCGCGCGCGACGGCACGCUCGACGUCAUCGUCUGCACGGACGUCAUCGGCCACGGCAUCAACCUGCCGUUGGACGACGUCGUCUUCGCGGAGACGCGGAAGUUCGACGGCACGUCGAAGCGCGAUCUGGACGUCUGGGAGGCCGCGCAGGUCGCGGGCCGCGCGGGCCGCGGCGACGCGCCGGGCCACUGCUGGGUCUACGGCAAGUUCAACGCCAAGGCGGCCCUCGUGAAGAAGGCCGUGGCCGUCGCGAACGGCGACGGCGCGGCCGACGGGUCCGGCGGCCUCGACCUCGACCGCGCGGUGCUGAGCCCGGAUUUGGGCGCGCUCGUCGACGUCUGCGGCGGCGAGGCGUCCAUCUUACAUUUGCCCAACGCCAUCGCGCUCUGGCGCGAGGAGCUCGCGAAGGACUUCGAGGCCGACGACUCGGCGUUCCCGACCUGGGUCAAGGGCGGCGACUUCGCGGACCUCACGGCGCGGCUGCGGAAGCUCGCGAGUCCCGAGCUCGUGCCGCGCGACGUGCGGAGAGCGCUGAAGCUCGGCGACCUCUGGCACCUCGCGCGGCUGCCCAUCGGCGAGCGCAACUUCGACGAGAUCGCCGAGGCCGCGUGCCUGCUGGCGACGGCGCGCGCGCCCGCGGACUUCGACCUCGUCGACGGCGAGAAGCUCGAGGACGAGGUCCAGCGCCUCGGCGACCUGUUGAUCGCCGCGCGGCGCUUCCCGGGCAUCCUCCCGCCGGGCAUCCUCGCGGCCGCGCGCGGGACGGAGGACGGGGACCCCUACGACGACGCGCUCGAGGCCGCGGAGGCGCUCUACCUCGAGGGCUCGAAGCGCGUCGGCACGCAGGUCCAGCGCUGCAUCGACAACGCGCGCAAGUGCGUCGACUGCGGGCGGAACAAGAGCGCCAACGCGAAGCCGAGCGACGCGCGCUGCCGGUCGUGCUUCCUCGCGAAGAUGCGCGACGAGCAGGAGCAGCGCCGCGCGAGCGACGCGGCGUCGAUGCCCGCGACGCCGUCGACGCCGGGCCGGCCCGUCGUGCUGGACCUGCGCCGGACGCCCUACACGCCCAUGGGCACGCCCAUCGUCCUCGCGCCGGGCACGCCCAUCGUCGGCAACCCGGGAAACCUCGCGCCCUACGGCCGCGGGCCGCCGCCGCCGCCGCCGCCGCCCCCGCAGGCCUACCCGGGCCGCGGCGGCGGGCGAAGCCGCGGCGGCGGCGGCCGCGGCAAGGGCGGCCGCGGCCUCCACGACGUCAACGCGAGGACGCGGAACCGCGGCAAGGGCGGCGGCAAGGGCAAGCCCGAAAACAAGCCCGGCCAGUUCUCCCCGCGCGAAUCGCCGCGCCUCUUUGCGCGCCCGGGCCCCGGCGAGGAGUGCGCGGUCGAGGAGGACGACGAGCUGUCGAUCCCCGAGCUGCUCGAGCGCUACGGCGUCGUCGCGCUGCUCUUCCAUUUUUCCGUCUGGGCGUCGUGCCUCGCUACCGGCUUCGCGGCUCUCAGCGUCGUCGACGCCGCGGCGGUCGUCGAGUCGCUGCCCGACGCGCUGCGCGACCGGCUCCCGGAGGACGUGGCCCAGGGCGCCGGCGCCGCGAGCGGCGGCCUGCUCGUCGUCAAAUUUCAGCUCGUGCUCGCGCUGACGGAGGUCGUCGGCCCCGCGCGCCUCGCGCUGACGGUCGCCGCGACGCCGGCCGUGUCCAAGACCGCGCGACAGUGGGGCGCCUUCUGCGAGCUCGAGAACGCGCUCAACGCCCAGCUGAAGAAGCUGCCCUUCGUCAAGUCGGAGGGGGCCGCCGAGCAGCGGUAG